AAUUUGAAUACCUCAAUUUUGAAUAUGAUGAAAAAAUGGAUUCAGCUUCUCAACCACGGCAUGCCGGAGAGCUUACGGACGGCCAUGAUUGAAGCGUUUGCAGAGUUCUUCGAUCUAACAACAGAGGAGAAACAAGUUUAUAAUAUAAAGAACGUCUUUGACAGGGUGAGUCAUGGAACAAGUUAUAGCUUGACGAUGAAGGAAGAGCGAUAUUGGAGAGAUUUUCUCAGGAUCCAUCUCCACCCGGAGUUCAACUCCCCAGCCAAACCUUCUGGUUUCAGAAAAAUAUCUGAAGAGUUUUGUCGGCAGAGCAGAGAGAUCUUGAGUGAAUUGCUGAGAGCGAUAUGGCAAAGCCUGGAGCUGGAAGUAAGUUUCAUGGAAGAGUCUUUAGGGCUGAAAUCAAGCAACCAAAUUCUG